AUGGCCCCUAUAUACGAGCUUGGACCCGGACACGAUCUCAAGAACGACCCCUUCCGGUUGCGUUCGUCCGGUUACACCAGCGGCUCGCCACAAACAGACGCCGAGUCAGUACGCACUAGCGAUAAGGAAUCAGACGAGAAGUCUCAAAAAGGUUCGCGAACCAAGUACACGAAUGAGCAGCUGAAGACGCUGAUGAAAAUUUUCCACGAGAAUCCGUACUCGGAAAUGAUGGAAAACAUCACCAAAGACCUCGGCGUCAAGGAUACCAACAUCAAGAUCUGGUUCCAGAACAAGCGCGCCAGGUGGCGAAGGCGAGUGGAGAACAUGAAAAACUCGACUCAGUCACACCUGCUGAACGCCACGCCCGUACCAUCACAAAUACAUCCGUACGUACCCAUGUACAACUUUCCAGGCAUGCCUUUGCCGCAGAACAGCGGUUAUAUUUACUAUCCUUUGAUGCAGACUGGAACAUCAAGUCCAUACAACAACACUCAACAGCACAUUAUGUUAAACCAGCUAACUACCAGACAGAUCUCGCCAACAAUGUCUCCAACAUCAUUCGCUCCGUAUUACCAUAUCCCGUUUCCAAGACAACCAGUUUGUGCAUGA